AUGAUCAGGUACGCCAUUUUGUUAACUAUUUUCUACGUCACUAUUCCAGCUUUCAUUAUCCAAGAUAGUGAAGUCCAUCAACCACCACCCUUCAACAUACAAGACACUGAGGAACUGCAACUUUCUUCAGGACCUGUUAUCCAAGCGAAAGAGUCCGGCUCAUCUUCUAAAGUGACUAAAUGUACAGUAUUUACAUGCUGUUUAAGUAUAUAUCUUUGCGCACCUGAUUUUUCUUGCAUUGACCCAAUAACCCACAGAUAUAUGGCUCCUGCAGAGCCCUGCAGGCUAGCUAAUGAGAAAAUACCUAAAAGAUUUAAGAAUUAUAAAAAUGUUAUUAAUUAAACUGGUGCAUGAAACAUCCCGAAAAAUUGUGUAAAUAAAAUAUAUUCCUGGUUCCUUAUAUAUCC